AUGGAAGAAGAUGGAAGAGCUGCUGUUAUCCUUGGAGAUAACCUUCUUGGAGUUGAUGGCCAGGAACAUGGAGGUUUUCUUGAUCUCAACUUGCAUCCUUUUGAUCUCAACAUGGAGGCUAUAGAAGAAGAACAAAUGCAUCAAGAUGAUCAUGACGCAUUGCAAUUUGAGCUGGAAGCCUUGGAGGAUGAUCUUCGAGAGUACGGAGUGUAUGCCGAAGCUGUCAAUGUUGUCUUUGAUUUAGAGGACUUGCCCGACUCAGAUGACGAUAAAGAAGAACAUGCAAAUGAUAAUGUGGCAAGUAAGUCAAAAGAUUUGACAAACAUACAAAGGCGAGGCAUUUAUCAAUUGUUGCUUCAGAAAAGUAAAGAUGGAAAAUUAGAAAAACACACCACACGUUUAGUUGCUCAAGAGUUCCAUGUUAGCAUCCGUACAGUCCAACGUAUUUGGAAGAGAGCAAAGAUUUGCCAUGAACAGGGAAUAACAGUGAAUGUUGAUUCAAGGAAGCAUGGAAACUCUGGACGCAAGAAGGUCGAAAUAGACUUGUCAGUUAUUGCAGCUAUUCCAGUGCAUCAAAGGAGCACUAUCCGGUCACUAGCACAAGCCCUUGGUGUUUCCAAAAGCACAUUACAUAGGUGGUUCAAAGAAGGGCUGAUACGGCGUCACUCAAACUCGCUAAAGCCUUAUUUGAAGGAAGCAAAUAAAAAGGAAAGGCUGCGGUGGUGUGUUUCUAUGUUGGAUCCGCAUACAUUGCCAAACAACCCAAAGUUUAUUGAAAUGGAAAAUAUUAUCCACAUAGAUGAGAAAUGGUUCAAUGCAUCAAAGAAGGAGAAGACUUUCUACCUGUAUCCGGGUGAAGAGGAGCCAUAUUUCACAGUGCACAACAAGAACGCCAUUGAUAAAGUAAUGUUCUUAUCAGCAGUUGCGAAACCAAGGUAUGAUGAUGAGGGUAAUUGCACUUUUAAUGGAAAGAUAGGCAUUUGGCCUUUUACUAGGAAGGAACCAGCCCAAAGGAGAAGUCGUAAUAGAGAAAGGGGAACACUAGUAACCAAGCCAAUAAAGGUUGAUAGAGACACCAUAAGAUCAUUCAUGAUCUCUAAAGUUCUACCAGCUAUUAGAGCAUGUUGGCCUCGAGAAGAUGCAAGAAAAACCAUAUGGAUUCAGCAGGAUAAUGCUAGAACUCAUCUCCCUAUCGAUGAUGCACAGUUUGGUGUGGCAGUAGCCCAAACCGGACUUGAUAUUCGCCUCGUGAAUCAACCUCCAAAUUCCCCGGAUAUGAAUUGUCUAGAUCUUGGAUUCUUUGCUUCACUUCAGUCCUUAACACAUAAUAGGAUAUCUAGAAACAUGGAUGAGAUAAUCGAGAAUGUUCACAAGGAAUACCAUGACUACAAUCCUAAUACUCUUAAUAGGGUAUUCCUUACACUACAAGGCUGCUACAUUGAGGUCAUGAGAGCUAACGAAGGGAAUAAGUACAAGAUCCCUCACAUGAACAAGGAGAGGCUAGAGGCACUUGGUGUUUUGCCUAAAGCCCUUAGUUGUGAUCGUGGGCUAUAUGAGAGAGUCGUGGAGUCUUUGGCUAACUAG